UCCAGUCUUCCACUAUUUUCCCAGACUCCCUGUACUCCUCCCGCGGAAGCCUUGAAUGUAUUUCCUAAGUUUCUACUCCCCUUGUCUUCGUCGCGAGAGAUGGAGCAGAGGGAGGAUCUGAAUUCCAUCCUCCCCUUUCUUCCCCUAAUCCUCCGCUCCUCCUCCCUCUUCUGGCCCUCCAAAGCCCUAGAAUCUCUUAAAGCCCUAGCCCUCGGCCCGGACGUCAGCCACGUCGAUUCCGGAGAGGUCCUCUUCGACGCCAUCCUCGAUCUUAGGGACUCCAUCGGCCUCUCCUCCGAACGGCUCGCCUCCAGAACCGCCGAUGGAUACGCCCUCUUCUUCGACGAGCUGAUGUCUAGGGUGGAUUCAAGGGUGUGGUUUGGAGAGGUCAUUCCGGGCCUUGCAAGGUUGUUGCUGCGGUUGCCUUCUCUUCUGGAAACUCAUUACCGGAAUGCCGAUGAAGUAUUUGGUGGACGAAAAGCUGGGCUGCGUAUAAUGGCCCAACAAGAAGCAGGAAUCGUAUUUCUAAGUCAGGAAUUGAUAGCUGCUCUGCUUGCAUGCGCACUGUUUUGCUUGUUUGCCACCAGUGAAAGGAGUGUCAGAUAUCUUCCACUCAUUAACUUUGAUCGCUUAUUUGCGGCCCUUCAUUCCCAUGCUAAACGGAGCCAGGAACAGAAAAUAAAGUGCAUUGUUCACUAUUUUGAGAGGAUAUGCCUGUGCAUGCCUAUGGGUUCUGUUUCCUUUGAACGGAAAGUCCUUCCUCUGAAACAAAGUUGCGAUGGCAUAUCAUAUCCUGAGGCUGCUUUUUGGAGGAAAUCUACUGUUUCUCUUUGCCCGUUUGAGGUCUUUUCUUCUGGCUUGAUCGAAGACCAACAAUAUGAAGCUCUUGAAGUAGAUUUUGCAAAUGAAUUUUUGGGAGGAGGUGCUCUUGGCAGGGGCUGUGUGCAGGAAGAGAUUCGAUUUAUGGUCAACCCAGAAUUAAUUGUUGGCAUGCUUUUCAUGGCUUCCAUGGGUUGUAAUGAGGCAAUAGAAAUUGUUGGUGCAGAAAGAUUUUCAUGUUAUGCGGGGUAUGGUUCUUCAUUCUGUUUUGUGGGUGACUACCUGGAUAAGAAGCCAUGUGAUUCAAUGGGCAGGAGAAAGACAAGGAUUGUAGCAAUAGAUGCUGUAUGCAGUCCAGGAAUUAUGCAGUACGAAGUCGAUUGUCUGGUUAGGGAGACUAAUAAAGCAUUUUGUGGAUUUUUGGAUGCUUCAAAAUAUCAACACUGCUCAAAGAUUUUUCAAGAUGCUGAUGAGAACAAUAAUGAAGUUUCUACUGCUAACUGCAACAUUUUUCUGGUUUGUGAAGCUAAUGCCAAGCAAGCCAAAGAUCCUGACAAUUCUGAAAACAAAGGUGCAAGUAACUUGGACUUGAUUGGUAAGACUGAAAAUAAAAGCUGUCAGGUAAUAGACUCUCAAGUGGAUAUUGGGAUUGCAACUGGAAACUGGGGCUGUGGAGCUUUUGGUGGAGACCCUGAAAUUAAGAGUAUGAUCCAGUGGCUAGCUGCAUCACAGGCUUUAAGACCUUUCAUCCACUAUUACACAUUUGGAGAAGCAGCAUUGCAGAGAUUAGAACAGGUGACUCAAUGGACCUUGGUGCAUGGAUGGACAGUGGGUGACUUGUGGAGCAUGGUAGUUGAAUACUCAUUCCAAAGGUUAAGAGGGGAGACUAAUGCUGGGUUUUUAACUUGGCUCUUACCUGAUCACAGCACAUCAAAUGACGUGCAAUGUAUGUCUGAGUAGUGUCAUUCUUCAGCUGGUCUUCAGAAGCAAAUGUGCUAAACUAUAAUUUGGCUGUAUCACUUUCUGAUAGCCAUCAGUAGUCUCAUUGCACUCUGCCAGGAGUGAAAGUUGUUGGGUUUUUUCUUUUCCUUUCUUUCUUUUUUUUUUUUGGGAGGAUGAAGGAGAACUGGAUAGGAGGGAGGGUGGGGGGGGAUAUGUAUAUUCUUUUGUCUAAAUUCUGCCAAAUUUAAAAGAACCUGCUUAGAAGGAUUCCUCUAAUUGUUGGGGCAGUCAUAAGAUGCGUGCUUUUGUUUUCCUGCUGGCAUGGAAAUAUGGUGCUCAUCUUCGACAUCGGUGGCUUGAUAUGUGUGCUGGAGAGGUAUCUCAAGCAAAUGAUGGAUAAUGUAAAGAUGAUGAGAGUAAUUUUGCAUGAAUCUUUUCUAUGUUUUUAAAAGCUUACGAGAAGAAAUCUUGCUUGCUAAUAGGAUUGCAAGUGCUGAAUUGUCCAGACUGCUGGUGGAUAUUGCGAUUGGCAUGCAUUCUGUGGAAGGUGUGGGGUUUGUGGUCUCCUCAUUUGUAUGGACAAUGCUGUGGUGUGCUGUUUGAUUGCUGGGUUGCUUGUUUUUACAGCCAGAAGUGAUGCCAUUUGGUCGGUAGAAAAUCGGGCAGCAAGUGCAAACAUUAGCAGGGGCAUGUGAUGCCAUGAAGUUACAUUUUCUUUAAGUUGAUAUGUAGAUUCAGUAGAUAUGUAUGUCCAAGAACCGUGUACUUAACAAGAAGCAGAGAAUGGAAUAGCUAUUCAUAAUGUUCCUGGC